AUGGUGCUGACACGGGCCACGCGCGCCGCGCAAAUCGCGACGAAGCGUCCCCCACCUGCGCAGAAGACGGCAGAGCAUGGCCGGCACAUCUUCAUCUACAACCACAUCCGCACCAACCAGACCGUCUACUCGCUGCACCGUAGCUUGAAUAACGCCGAUGCAUUAUCGCAACUCGCCUACGCCGGCAAGAAGACGAUUCCCGCGAAACUCCGCAAAGACGUGUGGCGUCCGCUGGCCGUGGUCACCUUCACCAAAACCGUACAUUGCCUGACCACGUACCGGCAGCUACGCGAGUUCCGGAAGCUGCACGAGCUACACUGGGACAACAACAAGCAAUACCCCAAGCUCGCACCAGAGAGGCAAAAGGAGAUCGAACAAGGCAGGACCGCACCAACCAAAAAGGAGAGGGCGAGGAUCAUCAUGGAUCAAAAGGCGAAUAGCAUAGCCGAUCUUGCUGCCCUGCUGCAGAAGUACGACGAAGAAGCUCGGCGCCGCGUGGAGCAGAUUGAGGCCAUGAAGAGGAGCUUCCUAAAACCGAUGGCGGCAGCUGUGUCAGAGCGCACAAUCCACCGGGAAAUGGUCGACAAGGCAAUUGCAGAGAAACAGUCUGCGCUAGAUGAACCAGGGCUAGAUGAUUCCACCAAGGCGCGCAUGCUCGAAGAGCUCCGGGACUUGGAGCGCGAAAAGACACCACUCGUCGAGGCUGAGGCGGCCGACAACGCAAAGACGUCGGCCUUCGAGCUAGCGAUCGAGGCAGAGGUUGGCGGCCUGGUGGAGAUCGAGAAGCAAAUCAGAGAGGCGAAAAGCAGCCUGGCCACGAAGAAGGGGAGGCCAUAUUCGAAACAACGCGUAAAGGAGCUUCAGAAGGAAUAUGGCAAAAUGUGCAAGGCGGUUCAAUCAGUGUGGAAUCCGGAGGCUGAGACAGACAAAGUGUUUAUCGGGAAAAGGAGCACAGGCGUUGACGGGAAGCCUCGAUGGCUGGCGGAGGGCGUCAGCAUCAAGUGGGCAGACGUGGUCGAUGCUAGCUACGCUAAGCAGUGGCCGCCCAAGGUUAAGCACACGGCGCUAGAACCGACGAGGCACUCGAUGCCAGUGUCGGUCUAA